AUGGCGGACGCUCCCGCGGAUCCCACCGCUAAGCUGGCCGAGUCGACGGCCAAGCUCCAGCUCGACGAGGAGACGGGCGAGAUGGUGAGCAAGGGCGAGCUCAAGAAGCGAUUGGCGAAGCGCGCAAAGAAGGCUGCCACUGAGAAGGCCAAGGCUGCUAAGGAGGCCACUGGCGGUGGUGAGAGCAAGCCCAAGGCUGCACCUAAGCCCAAGGUCGAGGAGGUCGUGCUGGACCCCCAGGCCAUGUUCAAGCAGGGCUUCUUGGAGGAGGUUUACAAGGAGAGGCCAUCUGAGAAGGUCGCCAUCGCCGUCAACUUCGGCUUCGCCAAGUAUCACGGCGGUGUCUGCUACCUGCGAUUCGACGAUACGAACCCCGAGAAGGAGGAGGAGAGAUACUUCACAGCGAUCGAGGAGAUGGUCCAGUGGUUGGGAUUCACCCCUUACAAGAUUACCUACUCGAGCGACAACUUCCAGAAGCUGUACGACCUUGCCGAGAAGCUGAUCACACUGGAGAAGGCCUACGUGUGCUACUGCGGUGACACCGAGAUCAAACUCCAGCGCGGCGGAGAGAAGGGCUCCAGCCCCCGAUUCAGAUGCGAGCACGCGAACCAGACCGUCGACGAUAACCUCCAGAAGUUCAGAGAUAUGAAGGAUGGAAAAUACAAGCCCAGAGAAGCCUUCCUUCGCAUGAAGCAGGACAUCACCGAUGGUAACCCUCAGAUGUGGGAUCUCGCGGCGUACCGCAUCAAGACCGACACCCCUCACCACCGCACCGGCUGGGACUGGAAGAUCUACCCCACAUACGACUUCACGCACUGCCUGUGCGAUAGCUUCGAGGGCAUCACCCACUCUCUUUGCACAACAGAGUUCGUCCAGAGCCGUGUGUCCUACGAGUGGUUGAACAAGACUCUCGGCGUCUACGAGCCUAUGCAGCGCGAGUACGGCCGUUUGGGUAUCACUGGCACAGUCCUCUCGAAGAGAAAGAUUCUGAAGUUGGUCGAGGAGAAGAUUGUCCGCGGCUGGGACGACCCCCGUCUGUUCACUCUGAUUGGUAUUAAGAGGAGAGGUGUUCCCCCUGGAGCCAUUCUCGACUUCGUCAACGAGUUGGGUGUCACGACCUCCGUCUCGGUUAUCCAGAUCAAGCGCUUCGAGCAGACCGUGCGCAAGUACCUCGAGCGUACCGUCCCUAGACUGAUGAUGGUUCUAGACCCCAUUCCCGUUGUUAUCGAGGAUGCUGAGACCACUGAUGUCGAGCUCCCCUUCUCUCCCAAGGACCCCAAGAUGGGAUCGCAUACCGUCAAGUUCACCCCCACUGUGUACAUUGACCGUGCCGAUUUCAGAGAGGUUGACAGCAAGGACUACUUCCGCCUUGCUCCUAACAAGACCGUCGGUCUGCUCAACGCCCCCUUCCCGAUCAAGGCGACAUCCUACACCAAGGACGAGACCACCGGCAAGGUCACCGAGAUCCGCGCAGUUUUCGACAAGGAGACGAAGAAGCCCAAGGCGUUCAUCAACUGGGUUGGCACCGACGGCUCCAAGAAGGUGGAGGCCCGCAUCCACAACUCACUGUUCAAGAGCGAGAAGCCAGACGACGCCGAGGGCGGCUUCCUCAACGACAUCAACCCCGACAGCGAGGUGGUCUACCCCGAAGCCAUCAUCGAGAGCGGUUUCGACGAGGUCAAGCGUCGCGCUCCCUGGCCCGAGGCUGCUGGUGAGAGUGAGCUUGGCAAGGGUGGACCGGAGAGUGUCCGCUUCCAGGCUACUCGUAUUGCCUACUUUGCUGUCGACUCCGAUAGCACCGACGACAAGAUCAUCCUCAACCGUAUUGUGUCGCUGAAGGAAGACGCCAACAAGAACUGA